GUUCACUCCAAGAUUUGACAAGAAAGCAGAAGAAAUCUCUCUCUCUCUCUCUCUCUCUCUCUCUUGCUUCAGCCAUGGCUGAGACUACAGCGACUAAUGGAAUCCAUGUCUUGAAUGUUGAAGAUGGUGAUGCCAAUCACAAAACCAACCAAGAAUCCGGCAGCUUUUGCGUCUCUGUCCCUUUCAUGCAAAAGGUAUUUGCUGAGGUGCUGGGAACCUACUUCGUGAUAUUUGCAGGUUGUGGGUCUGUGGUGGUGAAUCUGGUCUCAGACAACACGGUGACGUUUCCUGGGAUUUCAAUUAUUUGGGGGCUUGUUGUGAUGGUCAUGAUUUACUCUGUUGGUCACAUCUCCGGUGCCCAUUUCAAUCCUGCUGUCACCAUUGCCUUUGCAGUGACCAAGAGGUUUCCAUUGAAGCAGGUACCUGCUUAUGUAGGAGCUCAAAUCCUUGGAUCAACUCUUGCAGCUGGUACCCUUAGACUGAUCUUCAAUGGGCCCCAAAACCACUUUGCAGGAACAACGCCUUCUGGAACUCCCUUCCAGUCAUUUGUGAUUGAGUUUAUCAUCACAUUUUACCUCAUGUUUGUUGUUUCUGGAGUUGCCACUGACAACCGAGCGAUUGGAGAGCUUGCGGGGCUUGCGGUUGGCGCUACGGUUCUUCUUAACGUGAUGUGUACAGGACCGAUUUCAGGAGCAUCGAUGAACCCGGCUAGAAGCAUAGGACCUGCAAUUGUAUCAGGCCACUUUAAGGACCUGUGGGUAUACAUUUUUGGACCAACUCUUGGAGCUGUGAGUGGUGCCUUGGUCUACAAUCUAAUCAGGUUUACGGACAAGCCGCUGCGUGAGAUCACGAAGAGUAGCUCUUUCUUACGAGGAGUGGGGCGCAAGUAACUUAUCCGAUUGAUGAAGGGUAUAUUUAAUAGCUAAUUAUGCAGAGAUUAAACAGUUUGUGGUCAGAGAAAGAGAAGCAAUUAAGACCUUUUCUUUUUUCUUUUCUUUUCUAGUUUAUGCACUUUUUUUUUUUGUUUUCCCAGAAAGCAAGGGGGCAGAUGUUUGUAAUAGAUUAUAUACUUGAAAUUAAAUUGGAAAUGGGAAUUUCCAUGUUUGGAUUGUACGGUA